AUGGGCGGAUGGGAUUUGAUGACGCGUGUUUGGAGGCUAGUGGUACCAGCGACGGCUUACGUCAAUCCGGCCUCUCCCGGCCCUACCAUCAGCCCGCCCUCACCAGUCUCAUUCCAGACAAUCAUGGCAGACUACCAGUCAAUACAAGCUCUGCAUAAAGCAGUCCCACCCUUCUCGCCCUACAUUGCGGUUGGGCUAUUGCCUUACAUCGCUUUCUUUCUCCUCGUGUCAACCUUCGGGCUUGCGUUCUAUUUCUCCACGCUACCAAAAGACACCAUCCCUAUUCGAGAGGUCGCAGUCGCUUCUACAGCCAGUCUCCUCGGCGGGUUCGGGGUCGUGGCGCUCUUCUGCUCUGUAGGCGUGUACGUGUAGUUGUCAGCACUUGACUUGGAAUAUACCCUUCUUCAGAGGACCUGAUGCGAGAGUCCGAGACUUGGACAGUCGAGACCCCAAGUGUGGAUGUUUAUGUUUAGUUGUUGAUACGCCAACCGAAUCUGCAUUUGACACACUGCAGAAACGGAGGGUAUAAAUAAUGACCCAAAGAGGACAUAGUG